CGCUGAUUUCUGUAGAUGUCAACUGUCAUUUCGAGACAAGCGCUAGUCAGGUACGGGCAGAAAGCGUAGUUUGUUGGCAUUUAACCAAAAGUAAAACAAACUACAAGCAUAUUUUUUACACUCUUUAGACAUUUAAACAACGAAUUUGCUUUUAAUCUGAGGCAAAAAAGACACUGGUUACUCGGAAAAGCUGAGGAGGGGUGUGACUGAUCUCAGAUCAGAGCCACACGCGAGUCAAGCUGCCUAUACAGAGGGCACUGCGCCAGGCUAUGUGCCAUCUAAAGCCAGUGACAAAGAAAAAAUCGGAAAAGAAAGUAAAAAGGUAGACGACUGAGGGGGUGAAUCGUGUAGAAAGGCACGAGUAACCAAAACCCCUAAUCAAGGAGAAGAAACAGCCUUUGUUGCCCUCCAGAUUAUGUGAGAGCGCCCUACAGCUGAUGCUAGACACUGAGAAAAUGUGUGGAAGGGGCAUGAUAUGCCAAUGGGAGGUCUACGGCAACAGACCUUCCAUCAAGGAGACGGAAAAACACAAGAGCGAGUCGAGGAGAAGCAAUGGCAGUGGUAAACACAAGUGGCACAAAUGGGGAAGGAGGCCAGGAAGAAAGGCGCACUGUCCAGAAAUGCGCAGAAAUCGUGCGAGACCGUCUCGGUGGUCUACCACUGUGGUCUCAUUGCGUCCUGCCAAUGUUCAAGGCAACCGAGCGCCUGGCAUGAGGGCGCCCAGGAACACCAACCAGUUCCUCAUGCAUGAGAAAUAUCAGAUGAUGCAUAUGCGAUCGGACUCAGUUGGCACAGACAGCGGGUCCGACUGCGAAAUGGACUUUGCGGAUAUGGACUCGUACCUUGGUGUGCUGGAAAACGCUAGAGGCGCACUGUUGGACAGUCCAGAUCUGUCUACACCACCCACAUUUUACGCACGUCAGAUGAAGCAAUGCCAGCCGUUUCCCUUCUUCGGCUUCGAUCAAGAGGAGAGCAUGCAGUAUUUCCCAUCAGAAGACGACGUGAUGCAAAGCGAAGGCUUCAUGCAAAGGGACUUCAAAGAAUUCUGUGACAAUGUGGCACCGUGUAUUUAGACCUGCCACAGGUAACAUGUUUACAUCAUCACUACGGUGGUUUCUGAACUGUUUUUCACAACUAAAUCUGUCGAUUGCAAUGUGACAAGGUAUUGUUUUGUUUGUUUGUUCUGUGAUGUAUUAUGACUGGUCUGUUUUGGGAGGGGGGGGAGAAAAGGGUCCAAAUUAGGAGUGAGACCAGCCAGCCAAUCACCAUCAAGAUCAUUUGAUCACUCAUGGCAAACAUAGCAGCGGUUUGUACUGCAAAACUAAACUCUAUGUGAAUGUUCUUUUCAUAAUAAAUCGUCAUUUUGCUACA